AUGCCCCUACACACCACUUCUUUGUCAGUAAUAGAAAUAUGCACCCUUGAAUACUCGAGUGGAUGUGGUCCUGUCCGAAAUGUGUCGACUAUCAAGCCUGAUAUUACACAGACUAGAAGAACUGAUUCAGUCUUGUUUAACUAUGACCGGAACAAGGCGACUCACACAGCGCCCGAGGAGGGUGAUGAUGACCCUGGCUGUGAGGAGCACAAGGAGAACAUGGAUGCGGUGAUGGUGCCCCCUGAUGACGCGGAAAUUUCUGCGCUGGGUGGAAACGUCGGGAAGACAGGCGUAGCUGAUGUCAAAAGAGAGAACGUGAAGGGAGAAACACACGCACUGAGGCCCGACCAUAUCACCGAACAUUACUACAACCCUGCCGCUGCCUGGUUUUUCAGUGAUAACAAGCAAAUCCGCCACUCUCCUUUCAAGCACGAUGGUGUCAACGCUGCUGUGGUGAUGCUUGACCCACGACACCAGCACUCAACAGUCGCAGCAACAGUAAUCGCCUCACAGUUUGCGGCUGUAAACAGUCACCACCCCACCUCAUCUUCUCCAUUAUGUGACCAAUGUCGUCGUAAGCCCUCGCAGCUGUUUGCCCUCACGGCAAUCGACGUCCUGGGUGCAUCAGUAAGCGCACUGAGGAAUGGCUCACGACGAUGUCCUUCAAAACACACGGCCUUCACAACCGAAGACCUCAAGAUAAGAAAGACCAACCUUUUGACUGAAAGACCUGAUAGCCUCAGCUUGAAUAUCAAAGAUUUGCGCCCAAAGACAGAGUCCUCGAAAGACCUCCUUUGCAAAGACAUAGUGCUCAAAGAUGUGGUUCCCUGA